AUGUCCUCUGUGUCGUUCACUAAAAAAGAGCUCUUGACUUGUAUUAAGGCAAGCUCAACAUGGGCUCAGUGGGACAAUCCUAACGAAGGCUUAGUAGACUUGAUACAACCGUUUGUGGACGGCCCUUACGAAGUUAAAGAUUUUUCGGCUGCGAAUAGCGAAGCGGCACAAGAAGCGCGGGACAGGGUCAACCACUUGAUUGGGAAACACAUCCUAAAGACCAAGCUGAGCUCUGGCAGCUGGUAUGCGUACACAAAAGGAAAGAAGCAAUACCGAUUCGCUCUCCGCUAUUGCAGCGAACCCACCACCCUAUAUUUCAAGCGUAUUACUAGAUCUUUGAGCCGUGAAAAACAGCUUUCCUAA